UGAGCGGCUCACACCAGCAGAUAUGUGUGUGAAGCUGGAGGAUCACGAAGAAAUAAUUUCAGUUUUUAAAGAGGAGGAGGAGUGCAAGGGGGUGACUGCUGCCAUUAAAGCUGAUGAUUUAAAUGAUUUCUCCAUUGGUCUUGAAUUUCAAAAGCAUGAAACUGAGGAUGUUUUCAAGCAAGAUACCUGUGAAGAAUCUCCAUCCAGUUUACAGCCCUGGUCCACUAAUACGGGACGACUGGCUACGCAGGACAAUUCUGCAGAGCUGAAAUCACAGUUAUCAGAGUCUGAAGAGAAAAUCACCGAGGGAAGUGGAAGAGAAGGAGAAGAGUCACCUGGGAGUGUUGGAAUAAAUGUACAGAAGAAUGGCAGCUUCUCUCCACCUUCAUUUGGUCAGCACUCUUUUCAAUACAUAGAGAAUGAUAUGAAGAAAUCAGCAAGUGGAUCAGAGGACCUGACAGCAGCCUUUUUGCAGUGCAGUUCUCUCCCUGCUACUGGAGUAACACAGACAAAAGACAUCAAAACUGAUCGACAGCAAGUGGAGAAAGAAAUCCAAAUUCAAGCUGGAAAAAAAUGUUGUUUGGAAUGUGGCAAACAAUUCACACACAAAAGUGAUCUUAAUGAACACAUGAAGAUUCACACUGGAAAUAAAACAAAUUGUUGCCAUGAAUGUGGUAAGUCAUUCUCAAGGAGAAGCCAUCUUCAGGUGCACAGAAGAAGCCACACAGGAGAAAAACCUCAUUGUUGUUCAGAAUGUGGUAAGUCGUUCUCAAGGAGAAGCAGUCUUCAGAGACACAGAAUAAUCCACACAGGAGAAAAACCUCAUUGCUGUCCAGAAUGUGGUAAGUCGUUCUCAAGCAGAAGUUAUCUUCAGAACCACAGAAUAAGCCACACAGGAGAAAAACCUCAUUGUUGUCUAGAAUGUGGUGAGUCGUUCUCAAGCAGAAGCUAUCUUCAGAACCACAGAAGAAUACACACUGGAGAAAAACCUCAUUGCUGUCCAGAAUGUGGUACGUUGUUCUCAAGCCGAAGAAAUCUUCAGAACCACAUAAAAAUCCACACAGGAGAUAAACCUCAUUGUUGUCCAGAAUGUGGUAAGUCAUUCUUAAGGAGAAGCAGUCUUCAGAUACACAGAAGAAUACACACUGGGGAAAAACCUCAUUGCUGUCCAGAAUGUGGUACGUUGUUCUCAUGCAGAAGAAAUCUUCAGAACCACAUAAGAAUUCACACAGGGGAAAAACCUCAUUGUUGUCCAGAAUGUGGUAAGUCGUUCUUAUGGAGAAGCAGUCUUCAGAACCACAGAAGAAGCCACACAGGAGAAAAAACUCAUUGUUGUACAGAAUGUGGUAAGUCAUUCUCAAGGAGAAGCAAUCUUCAAACUCACAGAAGAAUCCACACAGGAGAAAAACCUCAUUGUUGUCCAGAAUGUGGUAAGUCGUUCACAAUAAGAAGCAGUCUUCAGAUCCACAGAAAAAUUCACAUAGGAGAAAAACCUCAUUGUUGUCCAGAAUGUGGUAAGUCGUUCUUAAGGAGAUGCAGUCUUCAGAACCACAGAAGAAGCCAUACAGGAGAUAAACCUCAUUGUUGUCCAGAAUGUGGUAAGUCUUUCUCACGGAGAAGCGAUCUUCAGAACCACAGAAGAAGCCACACAGGAGAAAAACCUCAUUGUUGUCCAGAAUGUGGUAAGUCUUUCUCAAGGAGAAGCGAUCUUCAGAGGCACAGAAAAAUUCACAUAGGAGAAAAACCUCAUUGUUGUCCAGAAUGUGGUAAGUCGUUCUUAAGGAGAUGCAGUCUUCAGAACCACAGAAGAAGCCACACAGGAGAUAAACCUCAUUAUUGUUCAGGAUGUGCCGAACAAUUUUCUGACAAAUGCAUUUUUCAAAGGCACACAGAAAUUGAUAUUGGAGAGAAGCCAUAUUGCUGUUCUCAAUGUGGAAAAAGGUUUUAAACAUUAGUUCUUUUCAAGUAAACACACAAACUCCCACUAAAGUGAAAAUGCAGUUUCUAUGUUCUGAAUGUGUCAAAUGUUAUACAAGCCAGAAAGGUCUUUAUCCACGUGCCAAAAUCCUACUGAAGGAAAAUCUCAUUGCUGUUCUGAAUGUGAAAAACGAUUCUUAUGUUUCAGCACACUUCAGUGCCACAUCAGCACUCAUACUGGAGAUAAACCUUAUUGUUGUCCUGAAUGUGAUAAGCAGUUCUCACAACAAAACUCCAUAAAAAGUCACAUCAGACAUCACACCGGAGAGAAACCUCACCUUUGCCUGGAAUGUGGCAAACAAUUCUCACACCUCAAUUCUCUGUAUAAGCAUAGGAGAAGUCAUACUGGAGAGAAGCCUUACAAUUGUACUGAAUGUGGAAUGUGAUUCUCCUAUCACAGUUCUCUUCACAAUCAUAAUAUAAUUCAUUCUGGUAAGCAACAACGAUUUUCUGACAGUGGCAAGCUUUAUCUCAGACAGCACUACCCCUAAAGAUCACAUGAGAAUUCACGUUGGAGAGAAACCUUAUUGCUGGCCAGAGUGUGGCAAACGAUUCUCACAUCCAAGCGCACUUCGCUGCCACAGAAUGAUCCACACUGGAGAGAAGCAGUACACCUGUUCUGAAUGUGAUAAAGGGUACUCUUCCAGAAAAAGUUUUUAGAGACACACACAAAGUCAUAUUGGAGUAAAGCCUGUUCCAGAAAUGUCAAAUGACUUUCCAUUGGAUACUCAGGCAAAAAAAAUGAAGAAAAA